GAAAAAUUGUCUAUGCUAAUAAGCGCUUCUGUGGUCUCUGUAGUUCUUUUGGCAUAUUUGAGUAUUGUCUCUCCUUGCGCACUCCUUUAUUAUUAUUUUUUUUAUUUUUAUUAGACCUAUCACUUUCUAGAACUGCUUAUUGUUAAUAAAAAUGCAGAUUUGUUCGAUUACAGUAGUUAUUAAGAAUUCUAUAGGGAGAACUUCGCUCAAAGUAAUUUCUUUCAGCGGUAAUUUAAGUUCAAGCAGUUCUCUUUGCACAAUGUCUAUGAUCGUAUUCUUAUAUAUUUCUCAUUAACAGCGAGUGUAUUUCUGCUUCUUUACUUACUUGUGUGAUGCUUCUGCUGAAAGCCCUCUAAAUGGGUGUAAGUACACAUUUUGGUUUCGGUAAUUUUUGCACUGUUUUUCAUCUGCAUCUGUUGCAAAAUGCAAACGGGUUUGCAGCACUACUUUCAUUAUCCCUUCACUGCUACAGUCUUACAUUGCAAUUUUAAUGCCAAUACUUCAUGUAGCUAAUUGGGAGAAUUUAUUUUCCUAAAUGAACAUGUAGAAACUACAAGAUCUUACAGUAGACCAAUUUUGAGGGAAAAGCAACCCACUGCAUGAAAAAACCCUCUUUUACCUUUUUGUCAAAUACCUUUUUUUAAACCUAAUACCUGGACGUAGAUUAACUUAACUACUCAUUGUUUAUCCUGAAGUCAAUCACCACAUAACAGAGAAGCCAACAGCGAAAUCUAAAGGAGAACCGUGCUUAUGAAGAGAUGACGUGUAAUGUCCCACAGAACUCAGAAGCUUGUGCCUCUGCACACACUGACAGUGCCCAGGAAUGGGCACAGGAACAUGACCGACAGGGAACUUUUGUUGGAUUUCCACAGGACUGUCCUGUUUCGGUGUUAGCUCUAGCACAAGCUGGCUUUGUUUAUACUGGAGAAGGUGACAAAGUGAAGUGCUUCAGUUGCCAUACAACUAUUGAAGGAUGGCUGCCUGGGGAUUCUGCAGCUGAGAGGCACAAAGAGCUUGCCCCCAAAUGCAAGUUUAUUACUGAAUCUGCUUUUCUGGAAACUAACAUGGAUCCUGUUGCCCAGAACUCCCAGAGCAGAACUGAAAAUGGUUCCGGCAAUUCAGCCCUCCCAUGUUCUCUGGAUGACCCUCAUGUGGAGGCAGAUUACCUUUUGAGAACUAGGCAGGUUGUGGAUAUAUCAGAUAGUUUGUAUCCUAAAAACCCUGCUAUGUGCAGUGAAGAAACAAGGUUAAAGUCUUUCCACAACUGGCCGCUCAGUGGCCAGUUGACUCCGCAGGAAUUAGCUAACGCUGGAUUUUAUUAUACAGGUGUUGGUGACCAGGUGGCAUGUUUUUGUUGUGGUGGAAAAUUGAAGAACUGGGAACCCACUGACAGAGCUUGGUCAGAACACAGGAGGCAUUUUCCCAAAUGCCUUUUUGUCCUGGGCCGGGAUGUUGGAAAUAUUUCAAGUGAAUCUAUUCCUGCUGAGCAUGGCAUAAGUGGUCUGAACAAUGCACAGCACCCAAGGAAUCCCUCUAUGGCAAAAUAUGGAAAACGCUUACAAACAUUUUUAUCUUGGAUAUAUCCUGUUGACAAGGAGCAACUUGCAGAAGCUGGAUUCUAUAGCAUAGGUAAUGGUGAUCAUGUUGUGUGUUUCCACUGUGGUGGAGGAUUGCAAGAAUGGAAGGAAAAUGAAGACCCUUGGGAUCAACAUGCCAAAUGGUUUCCUGGGUGCAGAUUUGUGAGCAAGGAAAAGGGGAUAGAAUUUAUAAAUAAUGUUCACUUAAGAGAUGGAUGUAGAGAUUCAACAACAGAAGCUGCUGAAGGGAUAAUACUUCCUAAAGAUGAUCUCUUACAGAAUCCUUUGGUACAAAGUGCCAUAGCCAUGGGUUUCAGUUUGUCUGAGAUUAGGAACACCAUGGAAAAGAGAUUGCAGAUGACUGGAGAAAGUCACACAUCUGUUGAGGAUCUGGUAGCAGACUUAAGUGCUUAUAAAGAAAAUACAAGGGAAGAAGAACCAAAUGAAAUCCCAGUUGAGCAAGAUGAGCUUAUUCAGUUACAAAACCUCUACCUCAGUACUGAAGAGAAGUUAAGACGUUUGCAGGAAGAAAAGCUCUGUAAAAUCUGUAUGGCUAAGGACGUGUCAGUUGUCUUCAUUCCCUGUGGUCACCUAGUUGCCUGUAAGGAAUGUGCUCAAUUACUUAAUGAAUGCCCUCUAUGUCGUACGGAUAUUAUGAAAAUACAGGAAAUUUUUAUGUAUUAAUGAAGUACACAGCAUUAUGGCCACAAAUGUUUCCUGUUUUAUUACUUUAAAAAUGUGUAAUGUAAUGUAAAAAAUGUAGUUAAUUCCAGAAUGUAACCAUAUGGCAGGAUUUAGAUUUUUCUGCUGUUAAACUCUACACAUUUUAACACUUUACAAAUUAUUUUCCUUAGAUGAAAUUUUUUGUAUGUAUAACGCAAUAUGUAUGAAAGGCAAAUAUGUAUAUUUUGUAACUUCAAUUCAUAGACCUGUUAUGAGAAAGCCCAAGUAAUGUUAACCUUUAUUUAUGUGAUCAUUCCUUUGCUUCACUUUGGUAGGACUCUUCAUGACUGAAGUUUGUGCAAAUAGAGUUGUACAAAGAGCCUGUUCCUAUAUAAAAUUUUUAAAUAAGUUAAUUCAAAAUAUAAUUGUACACAUGUAUAUUAUACCUGAGCUUUUUUUUUUUAGCUUUUUAAAAAUAUUAUGUAGGAUUGAAAAUAGUCUCUUUUUUUCUGUAACUUUGGUUGUGACAUAGUUCAGACAACACACAUAAACCUGCUCCUGUAACCUUAUGGUUACUUCUGCUACUUUGUAGGUUUGUCUGUUGUAAUUUAAUUCCUGCCUCCCCAUCUAUUUUUCUGGUUCAGAUGUAUAAAUUGUCUUCAGUAAACUGGUUUUAGUAAUCUGUUUUUCACAAAGAUCCAUCUUUAUAUAAAAUGUACAUUAAUUUUAUUGAUUAAAAGAUAACUCAAGAGAAAUGAAGUACAUGUACCCUGUGCCCUUCAUGAGUGGAGGCUCAUUUUAAAUUUGCCCCCUACACAUAAAGAUGUUCAGUUCGACAUUUUUCUUCUUUUUUUUUAAACAUCAUUAUCAGUAUCAUCCUAACUGAUUUAUCUGCUAACACUUUGCACUGCUUCAUAUCGUAUAUUUUCAUCUAUUUUUAUCUCCUAGAAAAUGCUUUUUUAAAAUUCACUGGCAAUGAAUUAGAAAUCUUUCAAUUUUGUCUAUGUCAGUUUGCAGCAUUUAAAUUUAAAAGUUAAGAACUAUUCUAAUGAAUGCUACCUUAAAAUACUUAAACUAUAUUUUGCUGGACUGAUCCUUCAUUUCUGAUUUUUAAGGUAUCACAGCUUUGUAUUUAGGUACAGCUGUUUUACGAUCACUGCUUAAUUAUGUGACUUCCUUAUUUUGUGGAGUUGCUGCUAUGUUCUGUGUAUAUAUUUUUGAGUUCUACACACUAAGGUUUAGAAUGUAGAAUAUAGAGAACACUGUUUUUCAUGUUACAAAAGUUUUGGAUACACAGAAAUGUAUUAUCUACCUUUUCUAUUUUUUUAAAUCUAUGCUGUGUAGUGGUAUGAAUAUUUAAAAUAAAGUGCAAUCCGAUGUUCCUUGAUCAGUGUAUUUGAUUCUCACAUUAAAAAAAACCCCAGAAGACUGCUUGCUGUUGCUUUUUGUUUUGUAAUUAAACUUGUUAAUUUAACCUGAGUGCUAUUAAGGAUAAUGAAUAUAUUUUAAUCGGAAAGGAAAUAAAAAUCUGUUGCUUGUAUAGAUUAAAGUUUGUUAACAUUAGUUUUGCUAUAUUUUAUGGUUGAAUUUGGUCUUGGGAGUAGAUGAUAAGUAGAAAUUAAUAAAGA